AGGCGGGCAGCGGAGGUCAGCCCGGCAGCCGCUGCCUCUCCAACCUGGAGCUGGCCUCAGGCAGCGGCUCCCCGGGACCCCGGGAGGAGAUGGCCGAACAAAAAGCCAGCGGGCUGCAGGUCCUGCUGCGCACGCUUCAGAGCUCCUCCGACAGAGAAUCCAUCUUGACCAUCCUCAAGGUCCUCGGAGACCUGCUUUCUGUUGGCACAGACCGGAGGAUCCACUACAUGAUCAGCAAGGGUGGCAGUGAGGCCCUUCUGCAGACCCUGGUGGACACAGCAAGGACAGCGCCGCCAGACUAUGACGUCCUCCUGCCUCUCUUCCGGCUGCUGGCCAAAGUCGGCCUAAGAGAUAAGAAGUUUGGCCAGAAGGCGCUGGAAUUGGAGGCACUUGACGUGACAUUGAUUCUGGCCAGGAAAAACCUGUGCCAUAGCCAGAACCUCCUCCACUGUCUCUGGGCCCUGCGUGUGUUUGCCUCCAGCGUCACCACGGGAGCCAUGCUGGGUAUUAAUGGAGCAAUGGAGCUGAUAUUUGACAUCGUUACUCCUUAUACCCGAAAGCGGACCCGAACAAUCAGGGUAGCCACUGAAGUUUUGGCAGCAUUGCUGAAAUCCAAGUCUAACAGCCGCAGGGCGGUGAACAGGGGCUACGUGGCCAGCUUGCUCAGGCUGCAUCAGGACUGGCACAGUCAUGACACAGCCAGCACCUACGUUCCCAUCCGCCGGGGCUUCCUGCUCUGCCUCAAGCACAUUGUCACCCUCCGCUCGGGCAGGGAGGCCUUCCUGGCAGCCCAGGGCAUGGAGAUCCUCUUCACCACUGCACAGGACUGCUUGGAUGACAAGAGCGUGGAGCCCAUCAUCUCCGAGGCGCUUCAGAUCCUGAGGCUAUGCUACCCUAAGAGUCCCCUUCCUCUGGUCACAGCCAGCAGUGCUUACGCCUUCCCGGUCCCUGGGAGCAUCACCUCUGAACCUCCAUGUGUUCUAACAGAAGAGGAUUUUGAGGAUGACGGUGACGAAGACGUGGACAGAGGCUCAAGCUCUGAAGACGUGAAGGAAGAAGAUGACGACUUGGAAACAGACGUGGACAAGCUGAGUUCCAAACCUGGUCUUGAUCGACCUGAAGAGGAACUGAUGCAAUACGAGGCAAUGUGCCGUGAGCUCUCCUGUAGCUUCGAGGAACUGGAGUCCCAGUUUGGAGAUAAUGUGAACUUUGGGGAGAUUCAGUGUGCCAAUCACCACAUUCCCACUGCUGCUUCCUCAAAGCAGCAUUGCUUGAGUAAAGACCAAAGCUGCAGGGGGCAGGAAAACGAAGAGACAGCCCAGACUUCCCUUCUGCACAAAGUGAAGAUAGGGAGGUCCACUGUGCAUCUGGCCUCCAGAAAAAGGCCUGUAAUGAACCCAUACCAAAACGUACAGUCCAAUGGUCUUGGCAGAGAUUCUUCUGGAAAUGAAAUCCCUAACGAUCAGGCUUCCCUGAAAGAGGAUGCUGAGGACCUAGAUGCGAUUUUCUGCUCAAGGUUGCGUGCCUUCUUCUCCAACUCCACGAGGCCCAGAGAAACAGCCACAGUUAUAGAUAAGCUUCUGAAGACACACCCAAAGCGCAUGCCUUUCCAUGAUCCUUACCUUUAUGUGGCCAAAGCCGGAAGCACCCGAUCUGUGGUGGACUUCAAGACGAUGGCAUUUCCUGACAUCUGGGGACACUGUCCACCUCCCUCUGCCCAGUCCUUGUUGGAACGCAAACGUGGAGUCCAAAGGAUCAAGAUAUUAGAGGAUGUCCGGAGGCUUAUCCAGCCAAGUGAUGUCAUAAAUAAAGUCAUCUUCAGUUUAGAUGAGCCUGGGGCUUUGCAAGAUAUGGCUUCUAAUUGCUUAAGGUUCUUCUCCCAAUUCGAGUCAGGAAAUCUUCGCAAAGCCAUCCAAGUGCGUGAGUUUGAGUACGACUUGCUGAUCAAUGCUGACGUGAACAGCGCCCAGCACCAGCAGUGGUUCUACUUCGAGGUGAGCGGAAUGCGCUCAGCCGUCCCCUACCACUUCAAUGUCAUCAACUGUGAGAAGCCCAACAGCCAAUUCAAUUAUGGGAUGCAGCCAACCCUGUAUUCUGUGAAGGAGGCUCUUCUUGGCAGACCUACCUGGAUACGGACAGGCCAUGACGUCUGUUAUUACAGAAAUCAUUAUCGUCAGAGCACAGCUGCCACAGGCGGGGCACCUGGGAAGUGUUAUUAUAACCUCACCUUUGCUGUCACCUUCCCGCAUAAUGAGGAUGUCUGCUACCUGGCCUACCACUACCCCUACACCUACACGGCCCUGAUGACUCACCUUGACAUCCUGGAAAAAAGCGUCAACCCCAAGCAGGUCUACUUCCGGCAGGAGGCUCUCUGCCAGACGUUGGGUGGAAAUCCGUGUCCCCUGGUAACCGUCACAGCCAUGCCCGAGUGCAACAGCACUGACCAUCUAGAGCAGUUCCGACAUCGUCCAUAUCAGGUGAUCACUGCCCGAGUUCACCCAGGAGAGAGCAAUGCCAGCUGGGUGAUGAAGGGGGCCUUGGAGUUCCUGGUCAGCAGUGAUCCUGUGGCUAGGCUCUUGAGGGAAAACUUCAUUUUCAAGAUCAUCCCCAUGCUCAACCCAGAUGGUGUCAUCAACGGCAAUCACAGAUGCUCACUGAGAGGGGAAGAUUUGAACAGACAGUGGCUGUCUCCCCAAGCCCAUCUCCAGCCAACCAUCUACCAUGCCAAAGGACUCCUCUACUACCUGGGCAGCAUUGGCCGGAGUCCUGUGGUCUUCUGUGAUUUCCACGGCCACUCCCAAAAGAAAAAUGUGUUCCUUUAUGGUUGUAGCAUCAAGGAGACCUUGUGGCAAGCAGAGUGCACGGUGGGCACAUCUACUCUCCUGGAGGACGUCAGCUACCGGACUCUUCCCAAAAUUCUUGAUAAGAUAGCACCAGCAUUCACAAUGAGCAGCUGCAGCUUCCUUGUGGAGAAAUCUCGAGCCUCCACGGCCCGGGUGGUGGUGUGGAGAGAGAUGGGGGUAUCCAGGAGCUACACCAUGGAAAGCAGCUACUGUGGCUGCAACCAGGGCCCGUACCAGGGACUCCAGUUUGGUACCGGAGAACUGGAAGAGAUGGGAGCCAUGUUCUGCUUGGGCCUCCUCAUCUUGGAACUCAGAUCUGCGAGCUGCAGCCAUCAGCUCCUGACUCGAGCUGCAACUCUGCUGAAUGCGGAGGAAGAGGGUCUGGACCACCACCUUCAGAGAUGCAGCAGCAGCAGAAGCAGCAGCACUUCAGAACCUGAGGAUGAGCCUCCCUGCAUGGAGGAGAUUGAAUACAGUGCAGAGAGCAGCUCAGACCAGGAGGGGAGCCUCUCUGAGCUGGACCGGAAGAUCCAGGAAUGUGCCUGCAGUAAGGUUGAGAGAGAGGAAGAAGAAGAGGGACCCGGGCAGGAAAGAGAAGCCAUCCCAUAGCCCCAAGGCUACAGGGAGAUUUGUGUCUCCAACCAUUGGACUACCAACUGUGAUGCUGCAUCUUCACCAUCAGACACACACAAUGUAGACAUCAGUGCAAAGAGCCAGCCUGUGUGAGCCCAGCAAACCCAUUUCCAGAUUUCAUUCUACUUUUAACUUUCACUAUGCCUAGAGGCUGGCUAUUUCAUAACUAUAAUAUUUUAUAUACAUAGUUAGGUGGCCUUAGGGGCCUAUGCAAGCUGCCAUUGUGUUUGAAUGGGGCUUAGUGGGUAGUCUUGGAAUAGCCAUGGAUCUUGUCACAACUGAUCUGAGCUCUUCUCUAUCCCCAUGCUUGAAACUGGAGCAGACUAGAGGUAGAAAGAGUUGGGCUUUCUUCUUGGCUUCUAAGUGCUUGUUUUAAUUGUUCCACAUGUAAGUGUUAUCUCCCCACCAUAGCAUUUGAGCUCCCUGGAGCAAACCAUGAGCCCCACUGAAACCUGGGGAUCCCAGGAGGGUCUUCAGGUCCUGAGUGCUGGAACGUGAAAGACUGCAACUGCGUACUUGCAAGUGCCAUCCUUGAUAUUCUUUAACAGCAUCUAUUUUACCUAUCUGUUAUAGGCCAGAAGCUGUACUAGACUACAAGGAAUAAUACCUGGUUACUAGUCUUUACAGGUUUUAAGAUCCUGUGUGUUCAUUUCAGAAUCAGACAAAAACGGUUCAUAUCCUAGGUAUGGAAGUCACUUGUUAUAAGAACUAAAGCAAGUAAUUAAUCUGCCUAAACUUCAGUUUUCUUAUAUAUACAAUGAGAAUAUCUAUAUCAUAAAGUUACUGUAAGGAUGAAAUGAGAUAAUAUAUAAAAGUAUACAGCUAGGCAUUUGGUAGAUAGCAAUGUUGGUUUAUGUCUCUCCACAAUAUAAACAGAUUAUUCCGUGUAAGUAUCCCCAUAGAUUUUUUUAAAAAAGAAAUUCUCUGGGGUCACAUGGUUGGGAAAUACUGUCUUACUGAAAGGGAUCUGGGAAGAAGGUCACGUAGGAACACAGUCUAGGAGGUCGGAAUGACUUACAACAAGUUAAAAUGGAGCAAGGCCUUUAGCAUGCAAAGGGAAGCAACUUAGAUAUUUGAAUGGUGAAGUGUGCAGGGCCUGUGCAGAAAGGAUGAGAAGGAGCAAAGAAGGCAGAUGUAGAUGGGAGAUGAGAUGGAGAGGUUCUGCUAGGUCAAAUUUAGAUUUGUUCAAUUCUGAUGUGUAUUUAGUUAGGAUUAGGCUUAGCUACAACAGAUGGAGAACUCCUAAGAGUGGUAGCUUUUAUGAGGUAUAAGUCUGUUUCAUCUUCAUGUGCAGUUCCAGAUAGAGAAAGACCAGCACUGGGAACAUGGCUGUGUGGUGCUGCAGACUGCAGUUUUCUGGCUGUGCUGUGAGUUGCUUCUACUCUUGGUCUAGGGUGGCUGCUGAAGCAUCAGCCUUUGCAUCUGCAUCCCAGACAGCAGCAAAAGGGACACAAAAAAGAAAAACAUGUUCCCUAUUUUUCAAAAAAGCUAUACAUAAAAUUUCUGCUCAAUCCAACUGUCCAAAAUAAUGGUUCUAUCACCAUAGGUAGCUGUAAGGGAGAUUAGAAAAUAUAGUCUUUAUUUGAGGUAGGCCCAGAGAAAAAUUUGAAGAUUUAACAUUAAAGAAAUAAGGAAUAAUGCAUAUUAGGGAGUCACAUUAUCUGCCAAAGAGACUUUUCUUGAUAUAUUAACCACCACCUCGAGAACUUUGGAAAUAUUAGAAUAAUUUCAGAGGAAAUUCACAGUAAACUCCUCUGACCAGCAUUAAGCCACAGAGUAAAAAUUUGCCGUAGUUUAACCCCAAGGCAUAGGAGAAAGGCAUGUGUGUGUUGUGAUUGGAGACUUGAUACCAUUAUUGGUAGUCUCUUCUUUUCCCAAGUCUCCUAGAAAUUUCCUUCCUGUAGUUCAGAAAUUGCACAUCCAUUACUCAUAUUAAGACAUUCGAAUUUCUGUAACAUAUUCAAGAAAUUUGAAGGAAAUGACAAAGACACUAAAUUUGAAUCCCAAAUUCACAGCAUCCCUUAACUUCUCCCAUAUUCAAUCUUUCUUAUAUAGAGGAUAGUAUAAUGCUGCUUAUUUUUCUUUGCUCUGAGGAGUGAAAAAAAUAAUAUUGUUGAAAUUUAAAUGCUGGGAGAGAUGGGAAUGAUACCAAUUCAAUAUCACCAAUUAGUACUUUGGCCCAAAUUAUUAAUAGUUUAUGGGUUUAGCUUCCCAUCAUCUAGCACAUUUCUGAAAGAAUGUGAACAGAACAGAUAAGUUUCUAUGUCACAUGUUCAGGAGAAGCCAGGAACAUGGAGUAUUUAUUGAUCCCUCUGUGUACCAAACAUACAUUUAGCAGCUAGUAUGGGUCAUACACUUUACUAAGCUCUACAAAUGCAGAGAAGAAAGACCCACUCAGUGCCCUCAAGUUACUCAAAGUAACUUGAGAAAGAUAAGCAAUAGACAUUUUAAUUUACUAAAUGUUAUAAAUAGCACAUGCCAUUAUGGAACUAUGCGGAGGAUAAAACACCUAAUGUAGUGGGGGUGGCAGUUGUGGUAAAAGUCUGCCAAAAGGAGAUGAUAAUUUAGGUGAUUCUUGAAGGAUGUGCAGGAAUUUCCAGGUAAAGGGGAGGAAAGACAUGCUUAAAAGUGCAAACAGCUUGUGCAAAGGCCCUGUGACAGGAUUAGAGAUUGGUAUAAAAUGUUCAGUGUGACUGAUUUAAAAGAUGUGUUUUUAUGUGGAGGGAAAAAAGUUUGACAAGAGAUGAAGCUGGAAAGAUGGACAGUCAGAUUAAGAAACAUUUGACAUGCCUUUCUGAAGGGGUUGAACUUUAUUUUGAAAGAAUUUUCUGCAGAGGCAUUGCCCAGGGCUGACAGCAGUAUGUCUGUAUCAGCACUACUACCCACUUGUUUAUGGCUGAUGGGUGGUGCUUUUGCCAUGCUCAUUGUUCAGUCAUUUGAGGAGUAUCCCUGCAUGUGACACGUUUAAAGAGCAGAAGGUUUGCAGUGAGGUGAGAAAUAAUGAGUGCAGUUUGGCCCGUGUUGAAUGUUGAGGGCCUAUGGGGUAGCCAUUAAGAGAAGACUCCUAGAAACUAGAGGUACAUAGGGAAACAGAAGUAGAAGGAGAAGUGUACCUAAACCUAGUGGCAUUGGAGACCCAGGUGAAAGUCCUGAGCAACUGAGCCCAUGUGCCAGUCAGCUGAGAAGGAGCUAGAUUUGAGGGAACAGGGGAGUAGAAGAUAGAACAGACUUGCCUCCCUUCCUGCUAGGACUGGGGCUAUUCUGCGUCACACCUCACCAAUCUUCAGUCUGGUGUUGGGAGGAUUUACAUGCAGAUUAACUCCAGAUAGUCAUAAGAACUGUUCUGCCAGCCCAGCCAGAACUUGCUGACCAAAUUCACUACUGUAGUAAAUUGUUCUGAAAAACGUGUUCUCCCAAACUUAUAGCCAGAUGAGAUUACCCAAGAAUUCCAAGGAGUUGUAGGCCCUCGUGGGAAGCAGUUGUGGUCCAAAGUGUGCAGAGGAAAUGAGAGUCCAGACAGGUGAUGCUGGGGCCAGGCCAUAUAUGUGCUGUCCUGUACCAGCUGUUGUCUAGUUCCCUGCCUGAUGGGGCUAGGACUGGGGCUGAGGAUCACAUGUGGCCUGCAGUUCCCUGGGCCAGCCUGGUGUACUUUCUGUAAUGGACAAAGGUAAGGAGCUCUCUGUUUCCACCUUUAAGAUAGUCCCAUUGUUGGUAAAGAAGAACGACUUGCCACCCAUGAGCCCCUAAGAGUGGAAACCACUGGCUCUUCAUGACUUCUUCCUGUGGCAAGAAGUUCUUUGGCUCCACAUUUUCUACAGAAGAAAGUCUAAAUUUCUCAACAGAUCUAUACAGUCUGGCCCCAAUGUCCUCUACAGACUCAGGAUCUGCCACUCUCCAGUCUCUUCACCACGGGACAUACCCUCAUCUUAUCUCAUCACAUUUAUGCAUUUGUGUGUGUCCACAUGCACAUGCACACACACAUACACCACUUCUUGAGCCACACAGCUCCAUAGGUGUACUCUUUGAUUUUUUCUAACCUUUUCACAUUUUUCCUCUGCCUGUGAUAAGGAUCUCCCAAUAACUCAUUUGGGGAUAUCAAGUAUCAGUUCAAAUAUCACCUUUCUUCUGUAAAACUUGCCGUAAUCACCCAAUGCUAAGUUAUAUAAUCUCUUUUGUAUGACCCAAUUGCACUGUUUACACAUCUCUCUUACAGCAUGAGUAGCAUUUUCAACUUGAUAUAUAUGCUUUUUAUAUCCCCCUCCACUUACCAUUGACUAGUAAGUUCUAGAAUUCACAGACAUGCUCUUAUCUUGGCAUCUCCCCUGCACCUAGCAUACUUCUUGACACAUUGAAGGUAUUCAGAAAUGAGUCUUCUCUCAGAUUCAAACCUAGACAUCCACUGUUGCUAUAAAGUCUCAUAUAUUUUCCUUAAAUGCUUCCACUUCCAUCUCAAAUGAGAGUUUGUAUGAUAGAAAGGGAACUGGUCUCACUAAAAGGGUAUUUAGUGUGAGUACAGCCCAGCCUCUGAAGCUGGUGGUUGCCAUGGAAGACUGUUCUGAGUGCGAGGCGAGCUUAACAAGGAGCAAGGUGGCCUUGUCCUGGCCUGUGUUGUGAAAAUGUUUAGAUAGAGUAGGGAGAAUGGAGAACAACAGCUCUGAGGGUCCCCAGUGGCCACAACAUUCAUCCAGGUGUGCUGGCUCACAUGUUUAGUUUGGUGAGAAUUGGACAUGCAGCUCCGUGUAUAUUGUGCCAACUUGGCUGCCUGGGCGCUUCUUGCAAUCCCAUCAGUGAGAAUUGGCGUCCAAGAAUUCCAUCCAUUGGCUCAAAUUUCUUCUGGGCCUUCAGAAAAAGGAUUCAUAGCCACAAAGAACAUUUGACAAUAACCUGCUCCCUGAGUUACAAGCUCUCAUUGAGAGCUGCCAACACAAGGAAGGUCACAUCACACUCCUAAGGGAAAGAGAUGUGUUCUCACGCACAGCUUCCAUUUAUCAGCCCAGAAAACUGAGCUGUAGAGUUGAUUUCAUAUUCCAAGGGAAGCCUCUGCCCUCUGCCAAGAGAAGGGGCUUCCAUGAAAUUCCUGACAUAAGUCAUCCUUGUUAGGGACUCUGAAGAGUGACCUACAUGGUGGAUCUGAGCAUUUGGAUCUGCAUUAGAAUAAUGGAUUUGGUUUUACCCUGCUGGUGCUGCUCACUCUAGAUCCCCAAAGGCUCCAGUCUUGGAAAGACACACAUAGUAACCUGGUACUCACCAGGAGAGCUUUUUUGGCCCAAAAUAACUCAUCAGUUCUGGAGCCUGCUGCUGCCUUUCCAACAGAUGUCAUCUUUUGUUUGUGUUGCGGUUUGGCUUCAUGCAACCUAUUCUUGAUAAAAAAUGUUCUUUAGAAAAAAGAGAGUGGUAAAAGGGAAUUUUGAGAUAAAAAUGGAUUCUAUUACAGCCUUUCAGGUCCUAAUAAUAAAAAAGGAUACAAUUGUAUAUAACUUAAAAUCAUUUAUUACACGCAUUCCAACACAAUGGAGCUGAAAUUGAACUUGAGUUCCCUACUCACACACACACACACAAACACAAAGAAGACGCAGGGCUUCAAGCAAGAGAACAAAGAGCGAGGGAGGUUUAUCAUCAGACACAUGCUUGUAAAGGUGAGAGGUAGCCAGGUGAUGAUUUUAGGCCAUACGUCAAAUAGAAAUUGAGAUGGAGGCCUUUUGGGUAGAAGGUGAGGCACAUUUCUCAUCAGCAGGUCACAUAAACUGGCCUUCAGGUCUGUGUAUAUUUUGGGCCUGUUCAAGUCACAAAGGGAAAUGGAUUCACUCCCCUAGGAAAAAACAUAAACUAUGGGAAAGUGACCCAAUUAACCUCAUUUGGGUCUUAUGACAAGUAGCCAAACAGAAGAGAGCACAGUACUGUUGAAAUGACUGAGGCAAACACAUUAUUCUGUGUCAGGGGAUUCCAGUGAUCAUUUAGAAUCUCCAGAGCCUUAUGGGGUUAAAAUGAUUUAUUGGUAGAAAUGAAUAUUAUGACAAGCCCCUGACAAAAUAAUAAAAGUUAAGCAGAAUUCUUUGGAGCAAUUCACUUGAGGUAUUUGGGUGUGGCCUUGGUCUUGGGGGCAGGGCAACACAUGGCACUGAGGUCAGUUCUGCCUUAGCCAUAGGACAGAGGGAGGAAGCACAGAGGCCAACAGUCCUGCCAGUCAAGCAGCCAGGAUAUGGAGGUUAAAUGGAUGGAUGCUCUUGGGUAGAAAAAUAUCAACCAGGCCAAAUCCACAUGUCAGUCUGCAGAAGAAGUUAUUUUAGGAGGUAUUAGGGGGAGGAAAAAUCUGCCUGUGUUUCUACUUUGUUCAACCUAUUACACAGUCACUCAUUUAACUCUCUCUCUCUCUCUCUUUUAUUCCUUUCACACAUAUAUGAACAAAUACAAAUAAAUGAUAUAAUGCACAAAAGAAUACAUUUAACUCUCACCACUACCUCUGUGGAAGAAAUGGGCUUUAUAAACACCAUUUUCAACAUGAAGCUCAGCCAUACUUAAAGGGACACUUUUAGUAAAUGAUGGAGCUGGGAUCUGUUCCUAGUGAAAUCUGAUUUCCCAACCCGUGCUCCCUCUGCUUCCCCAGAGUAGGAGAGCAUGAAUAGUAUCAUAACAAUGGGCAGUGACAGCUAACCUGUGCUGAAUAGAAGUACUUAACUCCCUACAAUCAUCUAAGACCAUUGCAUAUGUCAUCAUAUUUAAGCCUCCCAACCCAAGCCUGUGAGGUAUGCCUUUUUGUUAUGCUCAUUUCAUAGGUAAGGGCACUGGGCAUAAAGAAGGAAAGGACUUGCCUAAGAUUAAACAGGUAGUAAGUACCAGAUCAUGAUUUUAGCAUAGUUAGUCUGACUCUUAAACCUGAAAAGUGUCUUUCUUCAAAGACCCCUCAGGGCUUUUGAGAGGUCAUGGAGCAACUGCCUGUCCCCAGGAAAGUGUGUUGUUAUUGUUUUCAAUACUUGACUCAAGUAUAAAUAACUCAUACUGGACAUCUCUGCAUAACAUCCUGCUUCACCUAAAGCUCCACAGGUUCAAUGUCAGUAUGUUUGUUGGCUCAUGCCACCAAAAUCCCUACAUACAAGUUCCUAAACUUGAUCAUGUCAAUAAGAACCUGUGUUGCCUUGUUUCUUUGUGUGCUGGAUGCUGAGCCCAUUACCUGGCCAAGGCAAAUCUUCACUAAAUCUUCACUAAAUGGACGAAUCUGCCAGUGUUGUCCAGUAUGACCAUGAGAUUUAGUCUGAGGCUCUUCACUGCUCUUCUUUCUUGGGCCAUUUCUCACCUGGAUUUCAGCAACAAUUUUCUCACUAUUUUCACCUUUGGUUUUGCCUCCUCUCCAGCCCUUUCUUCCCUGGACAGUCUGAGGGUAUUUGGAAGGAAAACCAGUUUCUAUUUCUGCCACUUUUAACUUGUCUUUGACCUCCUAUGGUCCUAAUGAUAGAAUACAAACAGAACCUAGUACUUGUGCCCUUCCUGAUCCAGCAAGUGUGUAACUUUCUGGUCUCAUCUCUUUUGAAAUCAUAAAAAAAUUACUUUCAGUAAUUACUGAAAAUUACUUUCAGUUUCCAGAAAUCACCUUACUCUUCUGGUCCCUCUGCUUCCACAGGUGUGUCUAAUUCUAAUCACCAUUUGCUUAGAUGUGUUCUCCAGGAAGUCUUCUGUGGUCUGAUGCUUAGUUCCCAUAGCAUCUUAUAGAAAACUCCGUCAUAGCUUGUGUUGCAUGGCAUUGCCUGUGGACUUUUCAGUACCCCUAGACUAUAAUUUCUUGUAGAACAAAGACGAUUUUGUUCUCUGCUACUUCCUGAGGGCCCAGCAUUGUGCCCAAUAUGCUAUGGGACUUCCUUGAAUAUGCAUUGAAUGAUUGAGAUUUACUUUCCAUUUCAAAGGUCUCCUGAGAAUGACCUCCUACCGGUUGCCUCAGUAACCUAUUAAACAUGGAUAGCUGAGCUGCAGGAAAGUAGGACACACAUGUGUCCAGCCAACUCAGAGCAAGAAACAUCCAGGAAAAAUCUCCCUCAGCCCCUCGUUUGUGGUGCUUCCUGGUCUGUAAUUUUCCAGAAGCAUCUUCCAUUUUUUUCCCCAAAUGGCCUGUAGAGGUCAGAAAAGGGCCUUGGUUUCCAAUCGCUGACCAUCCUCUGCUUCCAUUAGCAUUCACCCUGGGUGUCCAUAAUUAAGCAAGGCUAGGCUCUGCACAUAGGAACGGAAAUGCAUUGACUUUAAUAAAACAGAGUGUAAAACAACUUUA